AUGUGGCGAGGCUCGUGGCGCAUUGUAGCUCGUCGUGCUGGUGCGCAGCGAUUAUUGAGCUCCAGAACGGAUGUUACUACAUGCCAACUUGCGGUACGGUCUUUGUCGUCUGCAUACGUCGUCGCUAGCGCUGGUCUCGCGAUAGCAGCAGUCGUUAGUCAUGAGAAGCGAGACGAGACGGUAAAACUAGAGCCAUCAUUGGCAAAGAAGAGUAUGCUGUCGAGGAAUUUCAUUGCUGAUGCUGUGGAGAAAGCAUUUCCUGCCGUUGUGAACAUUGCUGUGGAUUCAGGAUACGUUGGUAGCAAUGGAUCGGGUUUUAUCAUCACGAAGGAAGGUUUAAUUGUAACAAACGCCCACGUUCUCGCACGAUGCAAUCGUUACUCCAAAAUCCAGGUGACGUUUGCCGACGGCAGCACACACCCUGCUGUAAUCCACAGCACCGAUCCUCUUUCAGACAUUGCGUUACUCCAGAUCAAAUCUGAUGAAGUGAAAGAGUGGCCUAUGAUUUCGAUCGCGUCAUCGUCAGAACUUCGCGCUGGUGAAUGGGUGUGUGCUCUCGGUAGCCCAUUUUCCUUGCAAAAUAGCGUGAGUGCUGGUAUUAUCAGUGCUGUAGCUCGGCAUAGCAGCGAGCUGGGUUACCCGCAGAAAGGUGGUGAGUACAUCCAAACGGAUGCAGCUAUCAAUGCGGGCAACUCUGGCGGCCCGCUUAUUAAUCUGGACGGUGAGGUGAUUGGUAUCAAUACAAUGAAGGUGUAUGGCAGCGUGGGUAUCUCCUUCGCGAUCCCGGCUGAUACGGCAGUUCAAGUAAUUGAGCAGCUACGCAAGCACAAAAAAGUGGUGCGUCCGUACAUUGGCAUGCAGAUGAUUAACUUUAACUCCCGAGAGCUCAAAGAGAUUGGCCGAAUGUUUCCGGAUGUAAAGGAAGGCGUUAUUGUCAAGUCAGUCUCUCCGGGUUCACCUGCUCACAAAGGAGGUUUGCUUCCUGGUGACGUGAUUGUUUCGUUUGAUGGAAAGAAGGUGUUUAGUACCAAAGACAUUUUGACAACCGUGGGUUACACUAUUGGGCGUGAUAUUCCUGUUCAAGUGAAGCGCCGUGGGAAAACGAAUCUUGUACAGUUACAGGUCACAACUGAACCACUACCUGCUCCAAUCCAGUCAUUUACAAGCUAG